GCUGCUAAGGAAGCUCAGAAGAGAAUACCACCAUCUGAAUUGUUCAGGAAAGAGACAGACAAAUAUUCAGUAUUUGAUGAACGGGGGAUUCCCACCCAUGAUGCAAGUGGUCAGGAGUUAACUAAAUCGGCCUUGAAGAAACUUGUAAAAUUGUAUGAGGCACAGGAGAAGAAAUACAAGGAGUAUCUGAAAUCCACAGGCUGGACAAACUCUGCAAUAGAUGCUUCUACGGCAUGCUAG